AUGAAUGUCGAUGGACCCCCACCACCAGAAGAUAGUGCUCGUGUUCCACUCCCUGGUGCAGGGGCUUGGGCUGGUUCUGCAGCGAAGCCGGUCAUGGGCGUACCUGUUGGUCGAGGAAUGCCUCUAGCUACACCAGCGGCCGCAAUUCCCCCUCCUGCUCCACCGGCGGGAUUGGCAGCUCCCGUUUGGGGUGUCGGUGCUCCAGCCCCCAACCUGAUGCAGCCACGAGUAGCCGGUGGAGUUCUCCCCCCACCGCCCCCUCCAGCAGGUGCACCUGGUGUGACUCAGUUCGGUCGAGGAAUGCCUCCUGUCGCUGCGGGUCGGGGCUUCCCUCCUCCGCCACCGCCGCCUGGAUAUUGA